AUGGAAUUGUAAUAAAUGGAUGAAAUGUAGAAUUAGUUUUAGCAAAUUUCAGUUGAUAUAGAGUACCUGUAAACUAUAGAAGCUUUUAAAACUGCUAAAAAGAUAAUAACUAACUUUAAGACAGAGAAUUAAAUUCAAUUGGAGUCACCAAAAAUUGAAAAUAAUACAGUAAAUUUUAUAUAAAUUUAGAAAACAUUUAGUUUAAGUACACUUUGUAAAGAUCAUAAAAAGGAAGUAAUUUUGAUUGAUAUUGAUUCGGAGAAUAUAUAAACAGAAAAAAGAUUAGCUUGCGUUCAAUGUAUAAGUAAUGGGAGUUCAAAAAAUUGA